AUGGCUUCACGAAACAGCAAUGACGACUACGCAGUCAAACUGGAUGACCUCGAUUGGCUCCAGCGCGCUCGACAGCCGUCCGCAAGCUGGGGCGAUACUCUGCGCGUACCAACAACCGCCAGCCCGCAGCCGGUGUCGAUGCGAUCCAGCUCGCCCGGGUUUUCGGACGGCGCUCAUGGGCCCACAGAGGACCAAAACAUGGAUAUUGUUAUUCCCAAUCAUGAGAAGGAUCGUGUGAAUCGUCGCCUUCGCGGAAUCCACGUCUUCAUGAUCACCUUGAGCGGAGUCCUCGGCGCCGGCUUAUACAUACGGAGCGGGACGGUUCUGCGCAUCGGAGGGCCGGGCGCUGUGCUCAUAGCCUUCACGGUAAUGGGACUGCUGGCUUGGACCGUGAUGCAGUGCAUUGGCGAGCUGCUAGCGCUGUGGCCCAUAUCUGGUGCGCUUGUCGAGUUCGCCGCCAAAUUCGUCGACGAGGAUUUGGGCACUGCGGUCGGCAUUGCAUACUGGUUCACGUAUUCCAUCAACUUUGCGGCUCUGAUCGUGGCAGCUGCUGGAGUGCUUGACUACUGGGACCCAGGGAAGGCCAUUCAAGGGACCAUCAUGUUCUUCGUGGUCCCGCUAUUCCUCGUCCUGCUCAAUAGCUUCGGCGUUCAGAUCUAUGGACUGACGGAGGUUAUCGGCGGCUCGAUCAAAAUUCUCGGCGUCUUGAUUGUGAUUGCGUGCAUGAUUGCAAUCAACCUUGGUGCUGGAAAGGGAGAGCACAUUGGUACUGCAAACUACAAGCACGGCCGCAUGUUUCCGAUUGACCCAGACGCUGUCGAUAACUGGGCUUCAGCUUUAUUCUACGCAUUUUCGAUCGCUGCCUUCGCAUAUGUUGGAGUGGAUAUCACCGCUGCGACUGCGCUCGAAGCACGUCCAGACAGACGCAAAUCGUCGCGGAACAAAGAAGCCGAUGCGCUCAAAGGUCCUUGGCCGUAUAUCUCAGUGCGCUUCGUCGCCACCUGGACUAGCUUCCUCGUGUGGAUUAUCUACUUUAUCGCCGGCUUUCUCAUGAGCCUGAAUGUCGAGUGGGACAAUCCGAACCUCCCGCGGCUAUCGUGGCUUGGCUCGCCUACAGAAAAGGAUGAAAACUUCAAGACCGACUCGGGGUUUGUCAUUAGUGCAGCGAUGUCCGGUAUCCAUGGACUGGCAGACAUGUUUACGGCCGUCAUCUUUAUCACCGCUGUGUUCUCGGCAAACACCAACCUUUACGUCGCUUCGCGGACACUCUUCGGUCUGACGCGAAGGAUACAGGGCGAUGGCUGGCGCUUCUUUGCUUUCUUCGGAAAGACGAAUAACUACCAGGUUCCAGUUCGCGCGAUGCUGCUGUCGCUGGUCUUUAUGUGGGUGCCGUUCUUGUACCUCGCGCCGCAUAACUCUUCGGAUACGACCAUCUCAAGUUUGCUCGAGGUGCUGUCGCAGAUGGGUUCUGUCUGUUGCAUCAUAGUUUGGACUUGCGAAUGCUGGGCCUUCAUCCGCUUCUACAACUGCAUGUACCGCCAUCGGGAUGAAUUGAACGCCUCUCCCCAGUUCGCCCGCCUCCGCCGCUUCCCGAAUCAAGGUGCAGAAGACUUGUAUCCUUGGCGCUCCCAUGGUCAGCCGGUUACAAUGUACCUCGCACUGUUUGGGUGUAUAUUCGUCUUGGCUGUCGCGGAUGGUGCAGCCUUAUGGCAUAACUGGGCGACACCAAGAUUCUUAUCUGCCUACCUCUCCAUCGUCUGCUUCAUUCCGCUCUGGCUUGGAAUCAAAUACUACAAUAACUGGGGGAACGUUCAGUGGAAACUAGAAGAUCUCUCCAAUUUUGCCUUGGUGAGCAGGAAGCUUGAAGAACUGGAUGAGAUUCACGACCUUGCGACGGCGCGAGAUUCCGAGGUGCAGGAGAAGGGGUGGGGGAAUUUAUGGGGAUUCAUGUAA